AAAUGUAUGUUAUUAGUUCUUCACAUAAAUUUACACAUUUAUUACAGGGUUAAAUUUCACUAUUUCUAUGUUCCAGGCGAAGACGUCGUUCAAAGCAAUAGCUACCAAUAUGAUCAAAUUGUCUCGCUACGAACGAGCACUGGCUGUUCUGUGGAAGUCCAGCAAAGUAUUUCAGGUGGCGCUCAAGUCUUUCGUUAGGAAACAAACUUACAAAGAAGUGCAAAACUUCACCAGGCAACCGAGUAUCCUGAAGAAAACUCUCGAAAUAGAGAGCAUUUCGACGUUUUCUUGGAGCAACGUUGUAAAGGAAAUCAAGACAAACAUGCCUGUCGCACACAGUGUGUUUUCGGGACUACUUGAAAAGAAAACCAUUACAGCUGGUGCUGUCCAGAACAUGCCUAUUGCAGACCAAAAGCUUGGAGCUUCUGUUGCAGUCGCCCUGGCCAACAGGAAUCCCAAAGCGUACAAACUGCUGCAGUCAUGGGUAGCAGUGCAACUUUGGAGAAGCGGCUGCAAACAGAAGGUUUUUUCCAACUUGCGGUCAAUCGGCAUUUGCCAAACUCCGAUGAACGCAAGGAGAUGUGUCGAUCGCAUUGCGAAGCAGUUCGAUGCAGAACUCAAACAGUGGAAGAAAACCAUUGAGGAUGAGACACGCUGCACUGUUCUGGCUUCUGACUGCGAUGACAUUUUAGAAGACCUUGGUGUUAGGCCUCUUCACUUUGAGAGUGAAGAAUGUCAAGCGUCUGCAUCUGUGGAAGCAAAAGAGUUAGGCAAGUCCAUUCCAGGAUUUGUUUUCAUUACACAAUGUGUAGUGCACACCAUGAACUUGAAGAAAAAGGUCAUGGACAACUUCAACCAUGUUGAGGAUUUCCUCAAGUUCACAACAGCUGGAAUGGUAUGCUAUCUGGCGAUGAUGUUGUGCGGAACAUCGAAGCUCACAGACAAACUGACGCUCGAUGUGUCUCAUCUCGCCAGAAGCAUCGUUUCGACAGUUUGGUUGCAGCUGCCAAAAGAAGACCUGGCAGAUGUCGUCGAGGGUGACAACGACAUCUGUUGUGAAACUGCCAAAAAUGCUGCAUCAGCAGAUGAGUACUGCACAUGCAUGGAAGAGCGAGACACUGCUAUGAUAGCAUGUGACAACAUGCUGUGCAAGAGUGGCAGUUGGUUUCACCUCGAUUGCGUGGGAAUAACUGAAUCCACAAUUCCGGAAGGAGAGUGGUUCUGCUCAGACGAAUGCCGCGCAUCGAAGAGUGAGAGCACAUGCCUGAAUGAAGGCGAACUCGACCAUGUUCUCGAGUAUAGCAAGUCUGUUUUAUGGCGAGGGCUCCUUGACCGAGCUCAAAGAGACGUAGUUCGAGAAGGUGACGGCGCUGCCCAGAUCAGCAUGUGGCGCAUCUCCAUGCCCGAGUUCUGGCUGAGGCGCCAUCACAAGUACCUCAUUCUUGGUCACCGCCUUCUAGCAGGUAGNCUUUACUCUGGUAGUUUGUACAUGAAGUAG